AACCACACUCUGAGACGACUUGAGUUUAAACACAGGGGGAUGCUAGCUGCUCUUUUUCAUCGGUUUUCAUCAGCGAGAAAGGAAGUGAAACGUUGUAACAUGCAGGCCUUGUGGGCAAAGACACUUUAUCUGGGAGUCUGCAUGUCUGCAUGGAUGGUCACAGAUGCAGAUGAGCAUGCACCCAAAGCAGAGAACGUACGGUGGGUGUCUCUGGACUUUAAAACUAUCCUGAUGUGGACGGCGUCGCCAUCAGACUACUCAUUCACGGUCAAGUACUCUUGGGAUGAUGGCGACUGGAUGGCAAGUCCCAACUGCAUUGGAAUAUCAGAAACAGAGUGUGACCUGUCUAUUGACCUGGAGCCCAUUACCAGGACCUUCACUGCUGACAUCCAAACAGAACCUGAGAGUGACAGCGACUACGAUCUUGAGGAGUUGCCCCACACGUAUUCGCCACCCUUCAACCCCUACAAGCAAAGUGAGAUCAGUGCUGCAGAAUUCAGCGUGGAGGUUGUGGAAGAGGGCAAAGUGAGCUUGAUCAUCAAAGAUCCUCUGACCAGCUUUCACAAAUAUGGAAAACAACUCACCGUCAGAGACAUCCUCAAAAACGACCUGCAGUACAAGAUCAGCUACUACAAGUCUGGAAAUACAGGAAAGAAAGACAUCCUAUCAAACUCCAACAGAGCUGAAGUGUCGGGGCUGGAUGCCGGUCAAAGUUACUGCUUCAUGGUGGCGGCUUUCAUCCCUUCAAGAAGCAAAGCUUACCAGCAGGGGGCCUGGAGUAUCCAGCAGUGUACUCCUGGACAAAAGAAUGUAUUGCAAGAGCUGAGCCUGGGAGCUUUGGUGGGUGGACUCUUUGUUGUGCUUGUUAUCCUCAUCAUCAUCAUCACAGUGACCGUCCUAUGCUGUCGACGGAGAAGCCGACCCAGUCAAACGUAUCAGUCAUCUACCAUUGUGUAACGGUUGGUACUGUGUUAAUAAUCAAAUAGCAUCAAAAAACAUCAUUCCUGUUACCUUCAAGCCUUUUUUUUAUGUGUACGUCUUUCAGAAAAGGAGCUGGUCUUCUUUAUUUGUGUGUCCACUUCUCAAAAUUGCAUAUACAGUAAUCCCUCGUUUAUGGCACUUCAUUGGUUCCAGACCAGAAUGUGAUAUAUGAAUUUCUACAAAGUCGGAUUCCUUAUUCCAGAGUUGAAUUUCAGCAUGUUGUGGGUUACGUCUGCAACAGUAGUCCGUGUUGGGAAUUAUUGUGAGACAAUUCAAACUGCAACAGAAGCCUACAAUGAACCCCAAUGUUCAAAAUACUUAAAUAAAUGAAGUUAUGCAUACUCAAAGUUCUUUAAAAAGUUCUAAUAACUUAAUUAGGGCGGCACGGCGGUCGAGUGGUUAACACGCAGACCUCACAGCUAGGAGACCAGGGUUCAAUUCCACCCUCGGCCAUCUCUGUGUGGAGUUUGCAUGUUCUCCCCGUGCAUGCGUGGGUUUUCUCCUGGUACUCCGGUUUCCUCCCACAUUCCAAAAACAUGCUAGGUUAAUUGGCGACUCCAAAUUGUCCAUAGGUAUGAAUGUGAGUGUGAAUGGUUGUUUGCCUAUAUGUGCCCUGUGAUUGGCUGGCGACCAGUCCAGGGUGUACCCCGCCUCUUGCCCAAAGACAGCUGGGAUAGGCUCCAGCACCCCCCGGGACCCUCGUGAGGAAAAGCGGUAGAAAAUGAAUGAAUGAAUAACUUUAGUAUUUUUUUGGAACUUUAGUUCAUUUAACAUGUUGUUCCAUUUUGAGUACUUUUAACUAAUAUGUUUUGAUUAAAUUGAACUAUGGCUAUAUUAAGUAUAAGAUUAACUUAAAAACAUAGUUUACAUACAACUUAAGACACUGUAAAUCUGACUGCUCAAAAUAAUUAAUUGGUAUAAGUAUAGUUAACUUAAAAUUUUCUUAAAAGUUCUACUUAUAAAUGUUGAUUGCCAGUUGCAUUAUCUGUCUUUUCAGUUUAUUUAACUUGUCAUUUUUUAUUUUGUAUUUGCGGAGAAAUUUGUGGGCGAGUUUAAGAGCUAAUAUGCUAAUAAUACAGAAAAAUAGUCAUACAAAAAUAUGCUUGCUGACUGUAUUGUUUUAAAUAAAAAGUUCCCAAAUUGAUAUCCUUUACAUAAAAUGUGAUGUAAUUUGAUGUUGCACAUGAAAUGGUUUAGCACAAAGGGAUUUCCACUACUUAUUAUAGAUAAAAACGUAUUUCUAUCUACAAUUAAAUGUGAGUUAACUAUGACUAAAAAUGCCAUUAAUUGCAAUCAAAUAUUUGAACCGAUUGACAGUCCUAAUUAAUAUAUGUAAUAGUGGAGCGGGGGAUUACUGUAUUGAAUACUAUAAUAUAAUAGUUAACACUGUUAGUGCCUUGUGGAAACAUCUAGAAGAAGCUUUGUAAAAUUACAGCUACAUUUAAAAAAUACACUGUUUAUGUUUUUUGUGUAAUGUCCUUUUCAAAAGGGAGCUGGUCUCUGUGUGUGCAAUUCUGAGACAAAAAGGUACACUCCUUUGUACUACGGUAUAGCAAUGAUAUUGUUUGAUAUGGUUGAAAUCAUAUGUAUAAAAAUUAUUUGCAUCAUCUCCUGUGGUUCUAUAUGCAGAGACAAUAUUUCAUAAAAUGAGAAUCACCAUAAUGUUUAACAUUCACAGUGAUGUGUAACUACAAAUUAUAGUUGGUCUGUCAGGACUACUAACCAACCAUGAAUAAUUAUAUCUCAUUCAUCGCAGCUGUGAUGUAUUCACAUGACAAAAUAAAUUCCAUUUUACAAAAAAAAGUGUUUCUACUGGUUAUGAUCACAUAAGCCAGUGACCACUUCCGGUGUUCUUCUUCUUCGCCCCUGUGUCUUUAAGGGCCGGACAGAACACGCCCUCCAAUCGCCUCCACGCCCAUGUCCACUUGAGAC